GGGCCGAGCAUAGAAGCCCAAAUUGAUAAAAACCCUAAACCGGAGCAAAGCCUUAGAUGAUAUCUCUUCCGUCUUCUUCUUCCUCAGCCUUGGAAAAGCUCUCGUGAGUCACCACUCUUCUCUAAUGUCUGUAAAUAUCAAGGCGCCUGUUUGUCAAACUUGUGGCGACAUUGGUUUUGAAGAAGCACUAGUCUUUUGUGACUCUUGUAAGAUUGAGUCUAUUCACCGCUAUUGCAUAGGCAUAACACCGACUCCUUUCACGGAAUACAUAACUUGGAUUUGUGAGGACUGUGAUGCGAGUGACAGUGAUUCUGAUUGCAAUGAAGUUGAUCAGACUCCUAAGCUUACAAAUAUCUUGAAGAAGAAGACGAAGAAAAAGAAGAAGAAGAAGAAGAAGAAAAAGAGCAGAAUUCACACCUUGCUUGUUUCAAAAUGUAGAGUAUUGACAUUUCUAUAAAUGUUUUCGGAAAUAUUGGGUUUUAUCAUCAGAGCCGUGUGUCUAGGAUUACAGACACCAGAGGCGAUGUUAUAAAAAACCUCAACCCAUAUAAAAUAAUUUUUUGAAAAAAAAUAAUAUGUGAGACCAAAACGGAUUAAUAGUCCUCUUAUAAAUGGGAGAUCAAAUUAGAGGUGCAUGUUAACCAUAUUUUUUCGAAGGAUUUAGGAUUUUCCCCAAAACUAAACGCUA